AUGGCUAGAAUCUCACGUAAGGGAUAUGGGGGUCUACCACAUCUCACCAAAUCUCACCAAGGGGGAGGGAGGGGUCCAAAUUAUCAGAAAAAUGCCUCACCUGUUUUUUGUACAAUCGACCGCUUGGAGUUGGUGAUGCCUAGAUAUGCCGUCAGAGGCGGCGACGUCAGUUUAAAAUGCGAGCACAGCGUUCCAUUGGAGCAACUGUACAAAGUCGAAUGGAGGAAGGGAGAAAAUAAAAUCUUUCAGUACAUUAAAGGCAGAAAACCUCCUUUCAGAUACUUUCCCACACAAGGAGCGGUUCUCAAUCUUAUAAAAAACAUACGUCUCCUUGUGCCUCAAGACCCUAUAUGUAGGCCUAAUAACAAGCAAGAUAAUCUAAAUUUGGCCACAGAAAAGGACCAAAGAUUAAUACAUCUAAGAACUUAA